AUGAACGGACAUAUAUCAAACACCCCUCCCGGUGGAUAUGGAAGUUAUUUUCCUCAAAUGAAUGGCUAUGGUUCACCAACAUUUGCUCAGGCGGAGAGGGAGCAGAACUCAAGAACAAAUGCAAAAGCUCUUUAUGAACAAAGGAAGAAUUAUGCACGAGACAGUGCCAGCAGCAUAUCCGAAACUUCUCAGUACCACGUAGAGCACUUGACCACCUUUGUUUUGGACCGAAAAGAGGCAAUGAUUACAGUAGAUGAUGGAAUAAGGAAGCUGAAAUUGCUGGAUGCCAAAGGCAAAGUGUGGACUCAAGAUAUGAUUCUUCAAGUGGAUGACAAAGCUGUCAGUUUGGUGGACUUGGAAUCAAAGAAUGAACUGGAGAAUUUUCCUUUAAGCACAAUUCAGCAUUGCCAAGCUGUGAUGAAUGCAUGCAAUUACAAUUCAAUUCUUGCAUUAGUAUGUAAAGAACCAACCCAAAACAAGCCCGAUUUGCAUCUUUUCCAAUGUGAUGAGAUUAAGGCUAGCUUUAUUCAUGAAGAUAUUGAAAGUGCAAUCAGUGACAGCAAAAGUGGGAAACAAAAGAAGAGGCUUGAAACGCUGAGGAUGAUCUCCAAAGCUGACAGCACCAUUCCUCCGCCGCCGCAGGCGCCUGCUCCUGUGCCACCGGGGACCGUCACCCAAGUGGACGUGAGAAGCCGCGUGGCGGCGUGGUCCGCCUGGGCUGCAGAGCAGGGGGAGUUUGAAAAACAUAGACAAUACCAUGAUCAUGAAGAAACAGCAGAGAUGAUAGCUGCCAGGAUUGACCGAGAUGUUCAAAUUCUGAACCAUAUUUUGGAUGACAUUGAGUAUUUUGUAACCAAACUUCAAAAAGCUGCUGAAGCAUUUGCUGAACUUUCAAAGAGGAAGAAAACUAAGAAAAGUAAAAAGAAAGGUCCUGGAGAGGGAGUUCUUACUCUCCGUGCAAAACCACCACCUCCAGAUGAAUUUGUUGACUGCUUCCAAAAAUUCAAGCAUGGCUUCAAUCUUCUGGCCAAAUUAAAGUUCCAUAUCCAGAAUCCUAGUGCAGCUGAACUGGUUCAUUUUCUCUUUACCCCACUACAUAUGGUGGUACAGACAACAGGAGGUCCAGAGCUUGCUGGUACGGUACUCAGCCCCCUCUUAACAAAAGAUACUAUAGACUUCCUGCGAUAUACUGUCACCAGCGAGGAAGGACAGUUGUGGAUGUCAUUGGGUGACACAUGGACCAAAGCCAGAGCGGAUUGGCCCAAAGACCAUUUUAUUCCACCUUACGUCCCCCGUUUCCGAAAUGGUUGGGAGCCUCCUUUGCUGAACUUCAUGGGAGCUCCAAAGGAGCAAGAACUCAAUCAGUUAGCUGAGUCCGUGGCAAAUGUUGCAGAGCAACAGCGGAAACAAGAAAUGAAGAGACUGUCAACUGAGCCUCCCAGUGUUCCCGACUACCCUCCAUCCGACGGGUAUGCAUUCAGUAACACAGUUUACAAAAGAGGGCCUCUGCUGGACCAGGGGGCGGCUGUCGCUGCCUUUAAGCAAACUGUUAGCCGACAUGUAGAUAGAAACUAUGAAGCACACAGUAAAGCACAGGCCAAGAAAUAUGCCAAAUGCAAGUACGAAUUUAUGGCAAGAAACAACAGUGAGCUUUCUGUCAUGAAAGAAGAAAUUGUAGAGAUUCUGGAUGACAGAAAGCAGUGGUGGAAGGUUCAGAAUAAAAGUGGCAGCACAGGUUUUGUGCCAAACAACAUUUUGGACCCUCUGAGGAAUCAUGAAGGUGGUCUAGGAUGGUCAGAGCCUGUGUAUACCCGAACCAUCCAGAAACAAAGGACGGACUAUGCUGCAAAACAACCCGAUCCAGCUCCUGCUACUCCUUUGCCACCUCCAACACCCGCUCCUGUCCCCGUGGCUGUCCCCCUCCCUCCUAGCGCACCAGCACCUAUUCCGGUUCCCGUGCCCAAAGCGCCAGCAACCGUCAGCCGCCAAAGCAGCACCUCUAGUGACAGUGGUGGUAGCGUUGCACGAGACACCCAGAGGCAGAAGCAAGUUCCUGUGGAUCGCAGGAAAUCGCAGAUGGAGGAGGUGCAGGAUGAACUUGUUCACCGGCUCACCAUCGGCCGGAGCACUGCCCAGAGGAAGUUCCACGUGCCACGACCAAACAUCCCGGUAGUUAACAUCACUUACGACUCUUCACCUGAGGAUGUCAAAGCAUGGUUGGAGUCCAAAGGAUUCAACCCUGUGACUGUCAACAGCCUUGGCGUGCUGACAGGUGCCCAGCUUUUCUCCCUCAAUAAAGACGAACUAAAGACUGUUUGCCCAGAAGGGUCUAGAGUCUACAGCCAAAUUACGGUACAGAAAUCUGCCUUGGAGGCUAACAGUGGUAGUUCAGAACUGCAAGAAAUUAUGAGAAGACGACAAGAAAAAAUCAGUGCAGCUGCCACAGAUUCAGGUGUGGAGUCCUUUGAUGAAGGAAGCAGCCACUAA